AUGAGGGAAAAAGCAAACAUUGGCGCAUUGACUCACGAUUAUCACUGGACUUCGCUUCAUUUGGCAUGCCGGAAUGGCCAUAGUGGGGUUGUGGAUAUAUUGGUAAGUGGAAAGGCCAUGAUUGAUGCAUUAGAUGAUUUCAAUCGGACACCACUUCAUUUUGCAUGCCAAAAUGGACACAAAGAUGUAGUGGAUACUUUAAUUAGUAAAGGUGCCAAUAUUGAUGCAUUAACACAAAAUAAAUGUACGGCUCUUCAUAUAAGUGCUUUCAAAGGUUACUACGUUAUUGUGGAUUUACUACUUGAUAAAGGUGCUAACGUAAACGCUGUUGAAACAAAAAAAUGUACCCCGCUUCAUUUGGCAUGUCAGAACGGCCAUAAAGAAGUUGUGAAAAGAUUAAUAAGGAAACAAGCCAACAUUAACGCAUUAGCUAACGAUUACUGGACACCGCUUCAUUUUGCAUGCCAUAAUGGACAUAAAGAGGUUGUGGAAAUAUUAAUAAGAGAAAAAGCCAACAUUAGCGCCUGUGCUUAUAAUUUCUGGACACCUCUUCAUGUAGCAUGCCAGAAUGGCAAUAUUGAGGUUGUAGAAAUAUUAAUCAAAGAAAAAGCCAAAAUUGCGGCAUUAGCUAACGAUUACUGGACACCUCUACAUUUUGCAUGUCAGAAUGGUCAUAAAAAGAUUGUGGAAAUGACUGCACUGCAGGGCCCUGCCUUCCACCGCUAUCCCACUGACGUCCUGCUGACUCACCAUCCUGGCUUCGUCGAUGCUCACACCGGCUUGACUGACCUGUUCUUAUCGACGCUCUUACGUCGUAUCUCGGUUACCACCGGGGAUGCUGCCUUGUUCCACUGGGCCGCGCUUCCAGCGACCUAUGUGAUGCACCGACGUUGCUGA